AUAUUGACACAUCGAUCGUCGAAUAGAUUUCACUUACCACUUCACGAAGCUAUUAUUCACGAACUCGAGGAAAAUGGUUACAAGGAAUCGAUCAGUUAUUUGAAAGAAUUGUUUGAGCUCGAUGAGAAAACUCGGAAAGAAGCUGGUCCUGGUACAUUAACAUGGAAGAAACCACGUUUGAAAGAUAAUAAAGACGCGAUGACACGUCUCAAAAAAGGCUUGAUCGCUUUCGAACAAGCCAAAAACGCUAUAAGAAAUAUUUUUCGUAAUAUUGUAGGAGAUUCACUUUCCAUGAGCAUGGAGUUUUUAGAUAUGGCAUUAUUUUUUCGAGCAAUGACAUGGGAAUGGUGGUGGAUAGCGGAACGACUUUACCGUAGCGCUUUAGUGAAUGCGAAAUUAAUCGAAAAUGAUGAACGACGAACAAUAUCAUUGAUACACUAUUUAUAUGGUCAAUUUUUGCUCGAACAAAUACAAAAUACAACGGAAUCAUUAUAUCAUUUAAACAUUGCUCGCGAAGCAUCUGAAGGAAAACAUUGGAACGCGUCAAAAAUAACUGGUCGAAGAGAAGAAACUAUUUUUCGAGAAUGCAAUGUACUUUUGUACAAAGCGCUUCUGAUGCACGCGCAACAAGUUGAUCUUAAUCAACUGGAUAUUAUCGUAAAAAUAUAUAGAGAAGCUCUAGCACGAGCAACAGAUUUCUCCACAGCUGGACAUUAUGAAUAUAUAACAAACACUCUGUACGAAUUAGGAAAGAAUCAGUUACAAUCCGGCGAUGUAAAGCUCGCUUUUCAGAACUUUUCCAAGUUUUUAGCGAUGGCAAAGAGGAUUCCGGAUCCGGAAGGAAUCUGUAACGCGCAUAUGGCUCUGGCACUUGCGUAUAAGUUAUGUGAAUUGAACGAUGAAAUAAACGCGGAAAAGCAUCUCCAUUUGUUUAGAAAAAAUGCGGCCGAGUUUAAAUUGAUGAAAAAACUCGCGCAAGCACAUUAUUGCACUGGCGAACAUUUUCUAAGCAAGAGAAGAUCAGAUAUUGCGACUCCUCAUUUGGAAAAGUCUUUUAAUCUAUAUAAUGAGCUCGGUUUGUAUGAUGACGCUAAUAAGGCACGAAUCUUUGCUGGAAUUUCGAGAGGACAAGGAAUUAUCGAUCAAUAUAUCAAUCUUAUACUCCAGUGCGGAGAAGCUGAUUCGACAGCAAUGUCGAUGCUUUGUCAAUGGAAAAAUCGUAGAAGCAUUUUUUGGACUGAGAAAACGUUACGCACUAGUAAAGCAAUAAAUAAAACGUUAAUCGUUUAUUUAAAAUAUUGUAAAAAGAAUUAUCUCAAUUUUAAUCUCUUUGAUUGAUUUUUUAAUUCAAAGCGCAAUUGUAAAAAUAUCGCGUCCGAUUUAUAUUAUAAAUUAAUGUAAAAAGUGCAACAUUAUUAUUUCAGAGGAUUCGGAAGGAUCUUUUACAUUGGAGAACGAGACGACAUCAUCGUUUUCUAUUGCUAAUACUACGCUUGAGAAGAUGUGAUAAAUUCGAUUUGAUGUAUAAUUAUUAGAAGAUUAUA